AGUAUUUUAAUUAUUUUUCUAGUGUCUUGCUACAAAGAAAGAGAGAGGAGUAUCACAGUCUUCCAUUUGUUUUCUCAGCAGUCUCGAUCUUCUCCAAGAUUUUUCACUAAUCCCUUUUUCUUUUUAGUGAUUAGUGAUCUUCUCUAACUAGGAUUUUAGAGAGAAGAAGAAGAGAGAGAGAGAGAGAGAGAGAGAGAGAGAGAGAGAGAGAGAGAGAGAGAGAGGUGUGUUUAAAGUCUCUGUGAAGGAAGGUAGGAAGGAACUGUAAUUGGAUCCAGACACAGACUAAAACCACUUCGACAUCUGUCUCUAGUCUUAACAAUCCAACAUUGUUUCUAGGGUUUUUUUUUUCAAUUUGGAUUUAUGUAAAAGUGAUAACAAUGUUGGAGAGUGGAAGAUGAGCAAUGGUUGAUCAUCAUCAUCGGAGAAGCUCAUUCUUCUUCUUCUUGUCUUCCUUACUGUUCUUGCUACUCUCCCUCGACUGCUUACUCCUUGUUGCUACUGCGAAAUCACAAACUCGAUUCGACGAGCGUCUCGCUCUGCUCCGUCUCAGGUCCACUCUCGGCCUACGAGGAACAGACUGGCCAAUCAAAGGCGACCCUUGCCUCGUCUGGAGAGGCAUACAAUGCGAUCUAAACGGAAGCGUCGUCGUCGUCGGGAUCAACAUCUCAGGCUUCAAAAGGACGAGAAUCGGCAAGAGAAACCCGCGCUUCUUCUCCUCCCUCGAACCGCUCGCUAACCUCACCUCCUUACUCUACUUCAACGCGUCUGGAUUCGCGUUACCCGGCUCCCUCCCCGACUGGUUCGCCCUCACCUUAACGACGCUCCGUGUCUUGGAUCUCACCUCUUGUUCAUUGACAGGUGUCGUCCCCGUGACGCUAGGUAACCUAACCACCUUGAUUACCUUGAAUCUCUCUCGUAACGGCCUCACCGGUUUGGUUCCGAGCAGUUUGGGAGGUUUGUCGAGUCUCAACGAGAUCGAUCUCUCUAAGAACUCCCUCACCGGACCUCUCCCUGAUUCUUUCACCUCGUUGCUGAACCUGACGAGUCUCGAUGUUUCUGGUAACUACCUCACCGGUCCGAUCCCGAUCGGUGUUGGAUCGCUAUCGAAGCUACUCUAUCUGAACCUCUCCAGCAAUAGCUUCUCUUCUUCGAUUCCUCCUCAGCUGGGAGAUCUGGUCAAUCUCGUUGACCUUGAUCUCAGCGUCAACUCCUUGUCCGGUUCGGUUCCUGUAGAGUUUCGAAAGUUAACGAAUCUGAAGAGCUUGGUGGUUAGUGAUAACCUCUUGAGUGGAGCUUUGCCUGAUGAUUUGUUUGGUUCUGGUGCUAAUAAUAGCCAGCUUGAGAGUUUAGUUCUGAGAGAAAACGGUUUCUUCGGUUAUCUACCUGACGCGUGUUGGUCUUUGCCUAUGUUAAAGAACCUCGACGUUGCUGAGAACAACUUUACAGGAACGCUGCCGAACUCUACUACUAGCUCUGGUGAUGCUGGGGUGGUGGUGGUGGUGGUUAAUAUCUCCUCGAACAUGUUCUACGGCGAGCUCACGCCGAUUCUCACGAGGUUCAGUGCCGUGGACCUCUCUGGUAACUACUUCGAAGGUCAGGUUCCGGAUUAUGUGGUGAGAGCAAACGCGUCUGUCACCAGAAACUGUCUUCGGGAUGAGAAGAGACAGAAGUCUUCAGAAGAUUGUUCGUCGUUCUACACGGCUAAAGGACUAGAGUUUGAUGCUUUCGGACGGCCUAACAUCACGAAACCUAGUUCGGGGAAGGCUUCUAAAGGGAUAAGCCACAUGACUGUGAUUAUAUUAGCUGCAGUUGGUGGAGGGAUUGGUUUUAUUCUGAUUGUCAUUCUUGUGGCUUUAUGUAUACGUCGAAGAAGAAGAAGAGGAAGCGGAGGGGUGAACAAUGAUAGGCCUACUACUAAACCUGUAACGGAAGCUUCUCAGCCACCUAAAGGAGGACAGACUUUUGAUUUGUCGCGUCUUGGGAACGCGUUUGCGUUUGAGCAGCUUCUCCAAGCGACGGAGGAGUUCGGUGACGCUAAUCUUAUCAAACAUGGCCAUUCCGGGAGUUUGUUCCGCGGGUUUUUGGAUAAUGGAACACCCGUUGUUAUUAAAAAGAUCGAUGCGAAGGAGAGUAAAAACGAAGGGUAUAUAUCAGCAGAGCUUCAGGUGUUUAGUAAAGCUGGACAACACCAGAGGCUGGUUCCUUUUCUUGGACACUGCUUGGAGAGUGAGAGCCAGAAGGUUUUGGUGUACAAGUAUAUGAGGAACGGAGACUUGGCUAGCUCUUUGUUUAGGAAGUCAGAUAACGAAGGUGGUGAUGGGUUGAAGUCUUUGGAUUGGAUAACGAGGUUGAAGAUUGCUCUUGGUGCAGCCGAGGGACUAGCUUAUUUGCAUCACGAGUGUUCUCCACCUCUUGUUCAUAGGGAUGUGCAAGCAAGUAGCAUACUUCUAGAUGAUAAAUUCGAUGUACGUCUCGGAAGCCUAAGCGAGGUAUAUGCUCAAGCUGAUGUUUACCAAAGCAGGAUUUCUCGUUUACUUCGGUUACCACAAUCGACUGAAGCAUCCUCUUCAGGUGCAGCAAAUGCAACAUGCUCCUAUGAUGUCUACUGCUUUGGCAAAGUGUUACUUGAGCUAGUCACGGGGAAGCUGGGGAUCAGCUCGCCAGACAACGCAGAAGCAAAAGCCUACAUGGAAGAAGCUUUGAAAUACAUAAGCACAAACGAGAAGGAACUGGUAACAAAGAUCUUAGACCCGUCGUUAUUGGUGGACGAGGAUCUUCUAGAAGAAGUAUGGGCGAUGGCUAUCAUCGCAAAGUCAUGCCUAAACCCAAAACCAACAAGACGGCCGUUAAUGAGACACAUUGUGAACGCUCUUGAGAAUCCGUUGAAAGUAGUGAGAGAGGAUAACAACUCUGGCUCGGGAGGCUCUUCACGGUUGAGAACAAACUCCUCUAGGGGUUCUUGGAACGCUGCUAUAUUUGGGAGCUGGAGGCAGAGCGCGUCGGAUGUAACAGGUGUCCAUCAAGCUGGAGGUGGUGGUAAUGGAAACUCGGGGUCGCAAGGGAGUAGUGGAAGGAACAAUAACAAUGGGAACUCAUCGUCGAGAAGACGGCAGUCUAGUGAGAUUGUGCCUGAACCUCCUGGUUACGGUGAAGAUGUGUAAAAGUGCUUAUGGGGAUGGGAGAGUUGAGAGGAUAAUGUUUUAUGAUUCGUUCAUCGAUUCUUUGUGUUGAUAAUAUAACCAAAGGCACAGUCAGUCCUCACAGGUUGGAUUAUGUUAGAAGGGAGGAUAUGUUUUUUUUAAUCAUUUUUAUAUAUAGAUUUUAUUAUUUUCUUUUGCUGUCUUUUUUUUCCUUUUUUAAUUUAAAAAUUUUAGAUUUUUUUUUUUUUGAUCAUUUAUUAUUGUAAAUUGUAAUUCUUGGAGGUUGGGUUUUCUCAGGUUCUUUCUUAUCGAAGGCCGGGAAAAAGAAGGUGUGAACAUUGGUUUCGUUUAAAUGUUUCAGUUCCACUUU